AUGGCGUUGGGGCCCUUGGGGCGAAUUGUUGUGCAAUUUGUUGCCGUCGCGGGUUCUUCCCUUGGUCGAGCAGUAGUCCGAGCCUACAAAGAUGCAGCGCGACAGGGCGCUGCUGCGGCCGGCAGCACUUCUAGCCGUUCAGCGCCUUUGACUCUGCGUCCUCGCAUGAGUGUUGACGAGGCUCGCAAGAUUUUGGGUUUUCCCUGCGGGCCGAACAGUCAGCUGCCCACUCGGGAGGAAGUAAUGGCUCGCUACAACCGCCUUUUUCAGAUCAAUGCACCCUCCGAGAACUUCGCAGGCUCCCCCUACCUCCAGAAACGCGUAGCCGUUGCACGGACUAUAAUGCUGGAGCAGUGCAGCGCCAAAGCACCAGAAGCUGGUGCAGGUUCGAAGGAAAGUAGAGGCGGAGGAUGA